GUUUUGGAGAUGAGCCUACGUUUUAAAAGGAAGUAUAAAACCCUUUUUCUACCCUCUGAGCUCUAAACGAGCAAGACGCUGGUUAAGCUGACACUGGGAACACAAAUUUAUCUCGGGGAGUUUCCUCCAAAUGUGUCUCUUCCAGCGCUCAAGAGUCUCUUCAUCGACUCUAUUGUUUUUGGACGUGACGAUCUGUGUGGUGUGCUUCUUCGUGGAUGUCCAUUGCUGGAGGAGUUGUAUGUACGUCACCGCAAGUGUGAAGGAGCCCCAUUCUACAUAUAUAAUCCGACCAUCAAGAAGCUAUCAGUUUACUUUGAGUUUCAGUUUGCAAGGGAUGGUAUGUCAUUUGACACCCCAAGUCUUGUGUCCCUUGACUACAGCGAUUUUGCGUUAGAGGAGUACACAGGUGUGAACUUGGCUUCUCUAGUGGAAGCUAGGCUAGAUAUUCGUUACUCUAAAAUUAUCAAAGAUCCGGAUCUGUCGGGUCUCAUUAUAGGGAUAAGCUACGUCGAGACCUUGCAUCUUUCUCCCGCUUCUGCUGAUGUGAUUGCUCGAUGUGUUGAAAAUGGACUAGUUUUACCGGUGUUUAAGAAUCUGCUUAACUUAUCUUUUGGGAGUUACAACGAACGAGGUUGGAACCUGCUGCCAUAUCUGCUUCAGCAGUCUCCCAAGGUUGAAACACUAAUCAUCGAGGGUCUGGAUGGUGGUUACAUAGGCAAUGUUACUAUUGGUCUAUUCCAUGUCAAGGAGCUGCAUGUUGUUGGUUAUAAAGGAACUGCUAAAGAGCUUCUACACUUGAAGAGUUUGCUUGCGGGAACUGAAUGCAUCCCGAAAGUGCGAUUGGAGUUCCCUGAAGAUGUUGUGGUCGAUACUGCCACAAUUAUUCAAACCCAUAGGGAUCUUUUUACCCUUGUUGGAGUUGUUUCAAUCGAUGUCGUAUAUUUCGACUAGAGCAUUGCUACUACCUUUUUCUUCUUUUAUCUGUAACAUUAAACCUUUAUUAUUAUUUGCUACUCUUUUUCUUUUAUCUAACAUUAAAUAAACUUUUUUUUUUGUCUGCCAAUUUAUUUCCACCACUCUCCCAUACAUGAUAUAAUCCUAUUAUUUAUUACUAGGUGUGUUCCCGGGCUACGCCCGGGUUUUUGACUUUGAAAAUGGUUAAGCAGAAAAUCAGAGUAUAUUAAUAUAGUUUGUCUAAAUUUUGUAUAAUGUAAAAUAGUAAGGAAAAAAAACCACUGAAUGUUGAAUACAGAAAGAAAAAGUAUUAUCGAUGGAUAUUGGUAAUUGUUGAUACAAUGAUUAUUUUAAUUGACGUAGAAAGUAUUAAUGCAAAUUUUAGAAGGGUUGACUGGUCUUGUUUAAUGUUUUUUUGUUCGAUCACAUGUGGAGUUAUGCCAUCAGGUUUAUGAUAGGAGUUUAUUCUUCUUUUGGAAUCGUUGUAUGAUAUCAAUAUCGUUGUCAAAGUAAAAGCGCGAACCUGAUGUGGUUGUGAGUGAUAGUUUUCUUGUAGAAGUGGAAUAUAUGUAAGCAUUUAGUUUGACAUAAAUUUUAUGUUUAGUUUAUUACCUUCAUGUAACCGUGAAAUUAUACGGGAAGGAGUUUUAAGUCUGAUUCAUUUCUGUUGAUAGCUCGAGUACUGCGUAGCAGAUAAAUGUGAACUAUUAGAUAGAUAACUACUUAAGAAACCUUCCAUGAGAUCCUGAGUUUCCAGUUUUAGUUACUCUCAUGGGAGUGAAGGCGGUUGAAGAUUUCUUUGUAGACUAUGUUCUUCACUUUUUGUUUUUGUGAGUCUUCGCCUUUGAUGAUUUUUAAACACAUAUCAAUCAUACAUGUUUUUUUGGUUAUUAACACUAACUCUCUUUUCUAACACACUCUUAUUUAAAAAGAAUUAUCUUAUGUUCAUCAAACCAUAUACAAUUUUUUCUUUAUUAAUACUAACUCUUAUAAAAAAUGAAAUAGUUAUAUGUGAGAAUUCCAGGUUCUAUUAUAUGUAGUUAAUAAAAAGAUACUAAAAUACAGUCUUUCUACAGUAUACAAAUAAGUCCACGAAAAAUAAUUUAUGUUUUUUAAUAAUUGAUUACUAACCUUACCAAGUUUUAACAGAUUUAUGGGGACCAGUUGCAUCCCAUCUAUAAUCCCAUCUAUAUACUACUAUAUGAUUGAAUUCUAUUUUAUUAGUUUAGUAACACUGUAUCUGAGUUUUGAAUUUGAAAAUAUUUGCAUCAAUAAUAUGGUUUUAGUAGAACCAUCUAAUAAUACUCCCCAAAUUCUCCAAGCUCUUAUAGUUUUUUAACAUCUAAUAAUAUUCCCCAAAUUUGAUCAACCUUGACAAAAUUUGCUUAUCGAAAACAAAAAAAUUGGGUGACAGCCAGAGAUCAUAUGUCUACGAUCCAUUAAUAUUUUAAUGAUUUGUGAAAUCAUAUAGUCUGCCAUCCAAGCUCUUUGUUUUAUGGAGUUAAUUAUGGUUACUUAAAAUAUAUAAAUCUCUAUUUUAAGGAAUGGUUGCUUUAGGAGGAAUAUUUCUUAUUUAUUGAAUUAGAUACUCUGAAUAUUAAAAAAUGUUAGCCUCAAUGGAAGUUACUUUUACGUUGCUGGAAGGAUUAUUUGAAAAAUAUGACAAACUUUCAUGCGGAUUCAUGCAUUGACAGUAUCAUUUUCAAUAUGCAAAUAUAAUCCUGGCCUGUCAUAUUUGUUACUCAAACUAUAUCAUUGAAAUUAUUGUAGAUCUCUAAAUAUUUAUCUAAGCAGAGUAAUAGUGCAUAAAACCUGUUUAGUAACUCGCAAUCUUUCAAAGUAGAUAUCAUGUUGCAAAGAAAUAAAACUCUGGAAAGUUAUACUUAAAGGAAAGUGUGAACCAAAAACGAAACUGGAAACAAAUACUCAGUCUGCAAAUAACCAUGCAAGUUUUAGUAGACGUACGGAAGCUCUAGUUUCCACACUUAAGGCGUUUAGACUCCUCUAUCUCAUCACUGUCACAAGUCCUCUUACUCCCCUCUGCAGAAUCCAGAUGCCUUUUGAAUGCUUCCUCUGAAGUUGCAGUAGUGUGGUCUUCUUCCGAUGACAUUGUGGCUGGUGGAGUGUCUAGAGGGAGGAUCUUGGUCACAGUAAGAGACCGGGUCUUGCCUGAUAAGUUGUGCUCUGUCACCUUGACACAAAACUUAUGUCUUUAGCCGAUGGUGCUGAUCAAAGCUCCUGGGACAGGCGCCUUAUGGUUACCUUCUUCGUUUCCGUUAGCCUGACAUUCGAUUACAACAGAGUCAGGUCAAUACGUAAGAGAACAUUAUCGGAUGAAAAUUUACCUCGAAAUAGUUUCUAACUAAUUCUGAUGCGGGCUUUCCGGUCAACUCCCGACCAGCAUCACCAAGGAGUACAAAAAAAGCUUGCUCACUGUUAUCAUAGACUGAUAUCUUUGAACGGUACCUGUUAUAAAAGAGUCAGAACCUAACAUCAAUAAACAGUAAUUGAAUAUCCAGUCGAGAGUACGCACUGUGCAACUCCAGCCACGUAAAUCUUCUCACAGUUGAUGUUUGUACAAAUCAUCGAAGUUGCCCCGUUUGUAACCUUAGUAUUGCACCCACUGCAUGCGAUGUAGUACCAACCAGAGUCAUGCACGACGUCAUUGAUCGUAGCUGUGCACUCAAAAAAGGCAUCCUGCGAGAAUGUAUAAGCGGAUUAGAUUUUGUUACUGAUUAAAAAUAUGUAGACUGAAUUUUACCUUUGCAGAUUCCUGCUUGAUGUAGGAGAAUAUUUCCCCUAUAGUCAUUGUCUCCCGUUUAGUUACCACCUCUGCACUAACCUGCUCAGCAAUAGCUGGAUUAGAGCCCAACCUGAGACAAAGUAGAAAUCACUGAUUAGUCAGUCACUACAGUAAGGUAACGGGUGCAUUUUAUUUAGAUAAAGAGCAAGUGCAAAACAGAAGAAUAUUUACCAGCCAAAGUAAUCUAUGGUAGGUUGGACAUCGUAGUCCAUAAACACACGCGAGGAGGACAUUGAGGUCAGGGAAAGAGUACCUAGUGUAUCAAGAAAACCAAUUAAAAAGCACAAACUGCAGAUACGUAACUGUAAUAAACUUAUAUUAAAGAUAGAAACAUGUACCUCCGAGAGUCUUUGCGUUAAUGGUUGUGACCAGUAACACGGUGGAUGUUUUCUCAUACGAUUUAAAAUUUUUGCAGAAGUCUCUUGCAGCCUGGUCCCAAAGGUAGAGUUUCAUCACAGGUCCACUGUAAAAAACGAUUCUGAAUGGUUAAGAAGAGUAGAGAGAAGCCGUGUUAAGAAAUAAUGUAAACCUACUCAUGUGAUUGGAUAUGAAUCAGAACAUGCCUCGCCUUUGCUAUCUCCACUUCGUCAAGAACCGGGGCUUCCUUUAUACUCUGACCAUUAACCAACUUCAUGUGGCCAACAACAUCUAUUCCAUAGUUCAUCAAGAGUGUAAGUAAAAAUACUACAAAUAAAUAGUUUAAAGUACUCAACAGAUCAAUAAAAUCCAAGAGCUGAGAGUAGUAAGCUCUGGUACCUAACGAUGCAAACCGAACAAAUGAAUUUCAAUCAUCUAAAUUUUAUUCUUUCAAGACAGACUUCAGAGAACGACUAAGGCAAACCCAAAACAGUUUAAAGUA